AUGAGCUACGAAGCUUUAUCUGUUGCGGAUAUCGUUCAUUACCAGUUGGGAAUGUAUGGGGUUUUGAACGGGAAAACACCAACUACACAAACAGCCGCAGCUAUGUUCCAGGAACUCUGCUACGAUAACAAGGAUCAACUGAGUGCCGGUUUGAUUAUUGCUGGUUGGGAUGAACGACACGGAGGUCAAGUUUACUCAAUACCAUUAGGAGGAUCAUUACACAAGCAAUCUUAUGCUAUUGGAGGAUCUGGUUCGACAUAUAUCUACGGAUACUGUGAUGCAAACUGGAAGGAGGGUAUGGAAGAGGCCGAUGCUGUUGAUUUUGUCAAGGGCGCAUUGCAGGAGGCUAUUAAAUGGGAUGGGAGUUCCGGAGGUGUCAUCAGAAUGGUAGUUUUGACGGCUAAGGGAGCAAACAGGCAUCUAUACCUGCCAGACACGAAUUAUGCUGUUCGUCAUCAGUAG